CCACUUUUGCCGACUGCCUCUACAAUUCCUAGGUUGAUGCUGGAAUUCGAACUUUUAGGGACGAGGACGUGCUUCAAAAGGGAAAUAAGAUUGGCCCGGAGCUACGUGCUGCAAUCCAGCAGUCGAGAAUCUCCAUUCCUAUCUUCUCCGAGAAUUAUGCUUCAAGCAAAUGGUGUCUCAAUGAGCUAACUGAGAUAUCUGAAUGCAGAAGAACAAUGGACCAGAUCGUCUUGCCCAUUUUCUACAAAGUUGAACCAAGGGAUGUGCGAAACCAGACCGGGGGAUAUGCGAAGGCCUUUCAGGAACACCAGAAUAUGGGUUUCGACGGGACAAUGGUGCAAAAGUGGAAGGAGGCUAUGAGAGAGGUUGGAGAAUUGGAUGGAUGGCAUUCGAAGGAGGAUACGUAUGAAGGAAAGUUAAUAAAAACAGUUGUUAAAACAGUUGGGAGUACAUUGAACAAGAGACCCUUGAGUAUUUCUAACAACCUAGUUGGAAUCCAACUUCGUAUAAAAGAAAUGUUGAUACUGUUAGAUAUUGAAUCUAACGACAGAAAAAUUGUGGGGAUCCAUGGCCUCGGUGGCAUUGGAAAGACAACGAUCGCUAGGGCUGUCUACAAUACAGUCUUUCAUCACUUUGAAGGGUGUAGCUUUAUUGCAAAUAUUCGAGAAACUGCUCAACAAUAUAAUGGACUUGUUCAUUUGCAAAAGCAACUUAUCUUUGAUAUCCUAAAACAAGAAAAUCAAGAUAUUAGUAGUGUGGAUGAUGGAAUUAUUGUGAUCCAACAAAGAUUUUGUGCAAAAAAAGUUCUUAUUGUUCUUGAUGAUGUGGAUCAAAAUAUUCAAGUAAAAUCUUUAGUUGGGGAUCACAAAUGGUUUGAUGUUGGAAGUAAGAUCAUUAUCACAAGCAGAGAUAAGCAAAUUUUAUGUGUUCAAGAAGCAGAUGAGAUUUACGAGCCCAAAGUAAUGAAUUCAGAUGAUUCUCUUGAACUUUUUAGCCGUCAUGCAUUUAUAAGGGAUCAACCUCUAGAAGAUUAUUUGGAUCUUUCAAAAGCUAUGGUAAAAACUACUGGUGGACUUCCCUUAGCUCUUCAAGUUAUAGGUUCAUCUUUAUAUUUAAAGGGAAAAGUAGUAUGGGAAGGCAUGCUAAAGAAGUUGCAAAAAGUUCCCAAUUAUGAUGUCAUGGAAAGGUUGAAAAUAAGUUAUGAAGCAUUAGACGAUGAGGAGCAGCAAAUGUUUCUUGAUACUGCUUGUUUUUUCAAUGGAAUGGAUAAAGAAAUAGUAUGUCACAUAUGGGAUGGGUGUGGUUUUUUUUCUCAAGUAGAGCUUGAUGCUCUUUGUGUAAGGUGUUUGGUAACGAUUAGUGAAAAAGGUGAGUUAGGUAUGCAUGAUCUACUUCGGGAUCUUGGAAGGUAUAUUGUUUGUCAAAAGAACAUAGAUGAGCCAGGGAAGCGUAGUCGAAUAUGGUCUCAAGAGGAUGUCUUGGAUGUACUGGAUACACAAACGGGAACAAGUAAUGUUAAAGGACUCAGUAUUGAUUUCAGAAGUAUAUCAACGAGCCAAUGUUUGAUGAGCGAAGGAUUUGCUGCAAUGACAAAACUGAGGUUACUUCGAGUCGAUUAUGCACGGUUUUCUGGGAAGUUCACCCAUUCUUUUUCAGAACUGUGAUGGCUUAGUUGGAAAGGAUGCCCUGACCAAUGUGUCCAAACCAAUUUUUGUCCAUGGAAACUGGUAGUUCUUGAUCUAUCAUGUAGUGAGAUCACAAAAAAUUGGAUGGGUUGGAA